CCAGGCUCUGUCUCCUUUCCCGCAGACGCCUUGUUUCUUCGCGCGGAGGCCCUGGACGCCGCAGGCUCCCAACCUACUUCUCUGGGAUGUCAGGUUCUGAACCCGGUCCUGAAGAGGCCCUGGCGCUGGGGGUGGGUGAGGCCGAGCGCGCGCCUUGGGAACCUGGCUAGCCUCAGGCUGGCGGGAGCAUUCGCGGACAUCGCCCUGGGCGGGGAGGACUGGGGGUACCCUGACCUGACCCUGCUCCUAGCUCUGACCUCGGCCACCACGCGCGGCGCCCCCGCUGGUCCCGCCAGGCUCCGCCUAAACGCAGAAAGCGUGGGAGGCGCCCGACCCUGCGGUAUAAAAGCGGUGCCUGCAGAGGCCCUAGCGGGAGUCCGCGGCGAGCGCAGCAGCAGGGCCCGGGACUGCGCCUCGGGGAUCGGCGUCCAGGCUCGGAGCGCGGCACGGAGACGGCGGCAGCGCUGGACUAGGUGGCAGGCCCUGCAUCAUGGAAACUCUUUCUAAUGCAAGUGGUACUUUUGCCAUACGCCUUUUAAAGAUACUGUGUCAAGAUAACCCUUCGCACAACGUGUUCUGUUCUCCUGUGAGCAUCUCCUCUGCCCUGGCCAUGGUUCUCCUAGGGGCAAAGGGAAACACCGCAACCCAGAUGGCCCAGGCACUGUCUUUAAACACAGAGGAAGACAUUCAUCGGGCUUUCCAGUUGCUUCUCACUGAAGUGAACAAGCCUGGCACACAGUACCUGCUGAGAACGGCCAACAGGCUCUUUGGAGAGAAAACUUGUCAGUUCCUCUCAACGUUUAAGGAAUCCUGUCUUCAAUUCUACCAUGCUGAGCUGAAGGAGCUUUCCUUUAUCAGAGCUGCAGAAGAGUCCAGGAAACACAUCAACACCUGGGUCUCAAAAAAGACCGAAGGUAAAAUUGAAGAGUUGUUGCCGGGUAGCUCAAUUGAUGCAGAAACCAGGCUGGUUCUUGUCAAUGCCAUCUACUUCAAAGGAAAGUGGAAUGAACCGUUUGACGACACAUACACAAGGGAAAUGCCCUUUAAAAUAAACCAGGAGGAGCAAAGGCCAGUGCAGAUGAUGUAUCAGGAGGCCACGUUUAAGCUCGCCCACGUGGGCGAGGUGCGCGCGCAGCUGCUGGAGCUGCCCUACGCCGGGAAGGAGCUGAGCCUGCUGGUGCUGCUGCCUGACGACGGCGUGGAGCUCAGCACGGUGGAAAAAAGUCUCACUUUUGAGAAACUCACAGCCUGGACCAAGCCAGACUGUAUGAAGAGUACUGAGGUUGAAGUUCUCCUUCCAAAAUUUAAACUACAAGAGGAUUAUGACAUGGAAUCUGUGCUUCGGCAUUUGGGAAUUGUUGAUGCCUUCCAACAGGGCAAGGCUGACUUGUCGGCAAUGUCAGCGGAGAGAGACCUGUGUCUGUCCAAGUUCGUGCACAAGAGUUUUGUGGAGGUGAAUGAAGAAGGCACCGAGGCAGCGGCAGCGUCGAGCUGCUUUGUAGUUGCAGAGUGCUGCAUGGAAUCUGGCCCCAGGUUCUGUGCUGACCACCCUUUCCUUUUCUUCAUCAGGCACAACAGAGCCAACAGCAUUCUGUUCUGUGGCAGGUUCUCAUCACCAUAAAGGGUGCACUUACCGUGCACUCGGCCAUUUCCCUCUUCCUGUGUCCCCAGAUCCCCACUACAGCUCCAAGAGGAUGGGCCUAGAAAGCUAAGUGCAAAGAUGAGGGCAGAUUCCUUACCUGUCUGCCCUCAUGAUUUGCCAGCAUGAGUUCAUGAUGCUCCACACUCGCUUAUGCUACUUAAUCAGAAUCUUGAGAAAAUAGACCAUAAUGAUUCCCUGUUGUAUUAAAAUUGCAGUCCAAAUCCCAUAGGAUAGCAAGCAAAGUUCUUCUAGAAUUCCACAUGCAAUUCACUCUGGCGACCCUGUGCUUUCCUGACACUGCGAAUACAUUCCUUAACCCGCUGCCUCAGUGGUAAUAAAUGGUGCUAGAUAUUGCUACUAUUUUAUAGAUUUCCUGGUGCUUAGCCUUAUAAAAAAGGUUGUAAAAUGUACAUUUAUAUUUUAUCUUUUUUUUUUUUUUUUUUCUCUGAGACGCAGUCUGGCUCUGUCCCCCAGGCUGGAGUGCAGUGGCGCCAUCUCGGCUCACUGCAAGCUCCGCCUCCCGGGUUCACGCCAUUCUCCUGCCUCAGCCUCCCAAGUAGCUGGGACUACAGGGGCCCGCCACCACGCCCGGCUAAUUUUUUGUAUUUUUUUAGUAGAGACGGGGUUUCACCGUGUUAGCCAGGAUGGUCUCGAUCUCCUGACCUCGUGAUCCACCCGCCUAAGCCUCCCAAAGUGCUGAGAUUACAGGCUUGAGCCACCGCGCCCGGCUAUAUUUUAUCUUUUAUCUUUUUCUUUGACAUUUACCAAUCACCAAGCAUGCACCAAACACUGCUUUAGGCACUGGGGACACAAAGGGGACAGAGCCAUCCUGCUUUGACACCUGGUCUUCAGUUCUGUGCCCAACGUAUAUAGCUUUGACAACGACCAGGUUGGACUGUUUAAUGUCUUUCAACUUACCACGUAAUCCUCUUGUAGGGAUCACAUCUUUCUUUAUGAUAUUGUAUUUCUCUACCUCUAACAGUAAAAAUUCCAUUCAACCCUUAAAGCUCACUUCAAAUUCUUUGAGAAGUUUUUCCUUUCUCCACAACCAGAUGUACAUAUUUGAACUCUCUUUGUACUUGGAGGGCACUUCUUUCGUGGUAGUUCUUUUAUUUUUAUUGAUCUCUGUAUCCUUAGAUAGUCCUCCAACAACCAAAGGUUGGGACUCUGUCUUACAUAUCUGGGUGCCCCUCAUAGUGCAGUAAUAAGUAAGUUGAUUAUAUACGAGCUAUGUAACUUAUAUUUUUAAUGGUUGGAUAUCACUGAGUUUAUUUUUUUUAAGAAUUUUUUUAUUGAGGUAAAAUUCACAUAACAUAAAAUUAACUAUUUUAAAGUGAGAAGUUCAGUGCCACUUAGUAUUGUUAACAAUGUUGCAUAACCACCACCUUUAUUUAAAGUUCCAAAAAAAAUGUUCUCCUCUAAAAGGAAACCCCAUCCCAUUAAGCAGAUACUCUCCAUUCCUUCCUUCCUCCAGCCCCCGGCAACCACCAAUCUGCUUUCUGUCUCUAUGGAUUUAUCUAUUCUUGCUAUUUUAUGUAAAUCGAAUUGUAUGAGACCUUUUGUGUCUGGCUUCUUUCACUUAGUACAAGUUUUUGAGAUUUAUUUACAUAGUAGCAUGUAUCAACACUUCAUUUUUAUGGCCAAAUAAAAUUGUAUUAUGUGUUUAUAGCACAA